AUGACUCUUCUUCGGCACGGCGAUGUCUUCACGCUCACCCUACUCGAACGCAAGAUGACGGUCGCGCUGGUGCUAGAGGCAAAAACUUCGUCUUGGAAGCACCUCACGACCCCCAUCUUCAUUGAAGACGUUGUAUACGAUAUCCGCGACGAAGUACUCAUGGAGCAAAAGAAGUUCAUCAAAGCCGGCCCUUCGACUGAGAACAUCCGGGGCAUACAAGUCGACGACUUGCGAAGCGAACGAGCAGUCAUCAUCUGGAAAAUAGACGACAUCAAUGAAUGGGGACCCUUCGAUGUCAUGGAUGUCAUGGACCAAAUCUCUAUCUUGACUGCCGGUCGGACUCUGCAGGGCAGGGAGGUCAGGAGUGUCUCGGACAAAUCGUUUUCUGCGCUAUCCAACGACCUGAAUGGAGGCUUCACCCAUAGAACAAGCCUGAUAUGA